AUGGACGCGAAAAUGAACGAAUCUUCGUCGUCAAGCCCAGUAAACAGCACUGGCAUUGACACAUCCGGCGCGCUCCAGACCAGCCCAUCAAACAGCACUGGCGUUGACCCAUCCGGCACGCUCCAGAUUGUCAUGGACGUGCUACUUAUUUCCCUCACCGUUCUGCUCAUGCUCUCGUUUGGCUGCUCACUGCACGUGAACCACAUCCGGUCUCACUUCUCGCGGCCCCUCGGCGUGGUCACGGCUAUUGUCUUGCACUUCGUUUUAAUCCCCUACGUGUUCUACGCACUCAUCUGCGCCAUGAAUCUCAACCUUUACGACAGGCUGAGCCUAACCGUGCUCGCCACGUGUCCUGCAGGCGGUAUUUCAAACCUGUUUGUGCAUUAUGCAGACGGGGACCUCGCACUGGGAGUUAUUAUAUCGGCGAGCUCGACUGUUCUCGCGUUGGGAUUCAUGCCACUCAACAUGUGGAUGUUCUCGCGCUCUUGGGGUGGGGGAAUCGUAUUGCCGUACGUGCAGGUGUCCGUUACCAUGUCAACCACACUCGUGCCAGUCGCCAUAGGGAUGAUCGUGGUGAGGUACUCCGAAAAAGUUGCUAAAUGGAUAGCCAGAGUCGGCAGCUCUGUAGCCACAGUGAUGAUAGUGGCGACAGUAAUAAUAAGCAGCUACAUGUACCCUCAAAUGUACACAUCCACGUGGAAAACAUGGGUAUUCGCAGCCAUCUUUGCCCCUGUUGCGUUCACGAUUGCUUAUCUCAUUGCGCUGUCAAUGCGCAUGCCCGCGGACAUGCGGCGAACCUUGGGCAUAACCACAAGUACAAAAAGCAUGGCAUUAUGCCUAACAAUCAUCGCGUUAUCCUUCAGUUCAGAUGAGUACUUGGAGUACCUCGUUCUCCCAGAACUGCACAGUAUCCUGAUGAUGACGGAGCUCGCUUUGUUCUGCCUCUCGUACCGACUGUACCGUUGGUGUAACGGAAAGUACGUCAUGUCCACGGAGUCUGACACGGUUUUCACCGCGGAACAUGACGCCUCACAGCCAGUCAGGCAAGAACAGGAGAUUUCAAGAAACGGAUCUCUUCGCGUUUCUCUUGAAAACGUUAACAACAACAUCAACCGACGUAUGAGUAACGCGAUGGCGUUGUCCUUGCCGCUACCGUCUGGUCUGUCAGAAUACCGCAGGGGCGGUAGAGUGACGGUCUAG